GAGCCGUGCGCAGCGGCGUAUGUGGGGCCGUGUGCAGACCCGCGUGUGGCGCAGGCAAGGACCCUCAAAAUAAACAGCCUCUACCUUGCGAGCCGUCUUCCCCAGGCCUGCGUCCGAGUCUCCGCCGCUGCGGGCCCGCUGCGACGCGGAAGAUCUGACUGCAGCCAUGAGCAGCAAUGAGUGCUUCAAGUGUGGACGAUCUGGCCACUGGGCCCGGGAAUGUCCUACUGGUGGAGGCCGUGGUCGUGGAAUGAGAAGCCGUGGCAGAGGUGGUUUUACCUCGGAUAGAGGUUUCCAGUUUGUUUCCUCAUCUCUUCCAGACAUCUGUUAUCGCUGUGGUGAGUCUGGUCAUCUUGCCAAGGAUUGUGAUCUUCAGGAAGAUGCCUGCUAUAACUGCGGUAGAGGUGGCCACAUUGCCAAGGACUGCAAGGAGCCCAAGAGAGAGCGAGAGCAAUGCUGCUACAACUGUGGCAAACCAGGCCAUCUGGCUCGUGACUGCGACCAUGCAGAUGAGCAGAAGUGCUAUUCUUGUGGAGAAUUCGGACACAUUCAAAAAGACUGCACCAAAGUGAAGUGCUAUAGGUGUGGUGAAACUGGUCAUGUAGCCAUCAACUGCAGCAAGACAAGUGAAGUCAACUGUUACCGCUGUGGCGAGUCAGGGCACCUUGCACGGGAAUGCACAAUUGAGGCUACAGCCUAAUUAUUUUCCUUUGUCGCCCCUCCUUUUUCUGAUUGAUGGUUGUAUUAUUUUCUCUGAAUCCUCUUCACUGGCCAAAGGUUGGCAGAUAGAGGCAACUCCCAGGCCAGUGAGCUUUACUUGCCGUGUAAAAGGAGGAAAGGGGUGGAAAAAAACCGACUUUCUGCAUUUAACUACAAAAAAAGUUUAUGUUUAGUUUGGUAGAGGUGUUAUGUAUAAUGCUUUGUUAAAGAACCCCCUUUCCGUGCCACUGGUGAAUAGGGAUUGAUGAAUGGGAAGAGUUGAGUCAGACCAGUAAGCCCGUCCUGGGUUCCUUGAACAUGUUCCCAUGUAGGAGGUAAAACCAAUUCUGGAAGUGUCUAUGAACUUCCAUAAAUAACUUUAAUUUUAGUAUAAUGAUGGUCUUGGAUUGUCUGACCUCAGUAGCUAUUAAAUAACAUCAAGUAACAUCUGUAUCAGGCCCUACAUAGAACAUACAGUUGAGUGGGAGUAAACAAAAAGAUAAACAUGCGUGUUAAUGGCUGUUCGAGAGAAAUCGGAAUAAAAGCCUAAACAGGAACAACUUCAUCACAGUGUUGAUGUUGGACACAUAGAUAGUGAUGGCAAAGGUUUAGAACACAUUAUUUUCAAAGACUAAAUCUAAAACCCAGAGUAAACAUCAAUGCUCAGAGUUAGCAUAAUUUGGAGCUAUUCAGGAAUUGCAGAGAAAUGCAUUUUCACAGAAAUCAAGAUGUUAUUUUUGUAUACUAUAUCACUUAGACAACUGUGUUUCAUUUGCUGUAAUCAGUUUUUAAAAGUCAGAUGGAAAGAGCAACUGAAGUCCUAGAAAAUAGAAAUGUAAUUUUAAACUAUUCCAAUAAAGCUGGAGGAGGAAGGGGAGUUUGACUAAAGUUCUUUUUGUUUGUUUCAAAUUUUCAUUAAUGUAUAUAGUGCAAAAUACCAUAUUAAAGAGGGGAAUGUGGAGGACUGAAA